AUGGACUAUCCAGAGAUGGCAAAGAUGGAUUUCUGCAAGGUAAUCGUCGAAUGUAUUAAGGAAGGAGCCAAGAUAUGGCAGAAACACAGAAAUUUGCCUCGGGAAGAAAAGAACAAAAAGCAUGUCAAUGGUUUGGCACAGGGGCCAGUAAUCAUGUACCUCGACUCCCUGCUGCUGCCAACCGACACAAAAGAAAUGCGGAAGAUUGCAAAGACAAUGGACAAGACCUCAUUACCACGAGCAAACCAUCUCAAAGAGAGUGACCUAGCGAAAAUAGCUAGAGCAGAGCUGAAAAGGGACGGAAAAGCACAACCAGAUGACUAUGAAUUUGGCAAAAUACAGGCUCAGCCAAAGAAUAAUCAAGUCAGCAGCCCCGCCAACCAAAUGCAAGAGGCUAACUCACAAUCAACCGUUAGCAUAACAAACGACAAAGAAGAAGAAAACAACGAAGAGGAGGUAUCACAAGCACUGCAAGACCAAGAGACAACCCGUGUUGAAAUUGAACCCCAUAGUGAACCUCAAACAGACGAAGGCGUCACAGAACAAGAACUUUGUGUACAAGAGAUUUCCAGCGCCACAACAUUGCAGAUCACCAUCACCAGUACAAAGGAGAAAGCGCAAGACAUCCCAGCCGAUGAGAAACAAGAGACUGUUAUACCUGACAAAGAAACAGUAGAUGCAGGCACAAAUAACCCAGUCAUCAGCACGGAGGAAACAAACGAGUGCGCUGAUCUCGAAGAUCAAGAACUUCAAACAACAACAUCUGAAGAGGAAGAGGAAGCAAGCAAAAGCACUGGCAUAGACAUUCAACAAGAAAAACUAGAGGACAACACGAGACAAGGAGAAGCCGCACAAGAAGCUCAAGAAACCAUCAACAAUCAAGACCAUCAAACACAACCAGAGGAGCCCAAUGAACAACCCGAACAUGUUCUUCAAACGAUAGACAAUAAUGCCACUGAAGACCAAGCCACAAAAAAUUCACUCACCAAACAACAGGUACCAGAGACCGCGGCAGCGUCAACGACUGAAAAGAGAGAGGAGACCAAUGAGCAAAAGGAGGACACUGAAGAAGGGCAACAUGUUCUUCAAAAGGCAUUCAUCAACAAACACGAAGAAGGCGACCACGGAGAUACAAGCAAUGAAGAAGACACACACAUUGUUCCAGAGAAAGAAGCAGAAACCAUCGAAGAAAACCCUACACUGUUGUACGAUGCCAAUUCCCCUGGCAGAGAGGUCAGUGCCAACCAAGUCGAGACUGAAAAACAAGACGGAAAAGACCACCAGCAAGACACGACGGUUGACAAGGAAAAACAUGAUGCUAAGAAAUACACAGACAACUCAAAUGAGGAUGCAGCAAAAACUGAACAAACGGGCACAAUGGAGAAAGUGGACAAAGAUAGUGAUUCCGUCAACAAAGCCAUCGAAGACAUGGAUGAGCUUUUCAUUACAACGAACAAGUUUGAUGUCAAUCUAGGCCAUGUCGCCGAAAGCUUCAAGCACUCGAUAAAGGAAGCCGACGACGAAGAUCCAAUGUGCUACAGAAAUAAUGAUCAAGAACACAUUAGAAAAAAAUUACUACCUGCCAAGCUUACAUCAUUUUUCAACAUGCAAGAAGAAGAAAAACUGCAAGAUUAUAACAUGUUCCUUCUACCAUGCACAAUAGAAUUCUUCAACAAUGUAACCAGCAAAUUAAUGAAAAUAUGGAAGCACGUAAGCACAGAGCUACAGCUUUCACAAAAAAGCAUCGACCAUUUCAAAAAGGUCAAACUGCAGGUGCCACUUCAAGGAGAAGACACAAUGGACUGCGCAUUCUAUAUGUACAUGAACCUGAAGCACUACUCCAAUGAUGGAACAGUAGAAAUCUUAGAGCCAGAACAAGUACCAGAGUUGAGGAAAAAAAUUCUAUAUCAACUCAUCAGUCAACACAAAGGGAAUACCAAACUGUCAUUAAUCAAGUGUACAACAGAUAUGCUGAAGUAUGAAGUCGAUAUGGGAGACAAAGAAAUGCAACAGACAGAAUGUUGCGUACUAGAAGAGUUUCCGCCAAAUCCCGAGCAAAAAGAACAUAUUAUGCAUGCGACAACCACAAAAGAGUAUGAAGUUAUUGAUAUAUCCAGUAAACACAAAGAGGUUAUGGAUGUCAGCAGAGACGUCGUCGCCCAAGAAUCUUGCACAGACCACGAAGAAAAGGAUCCACCAAUAGAACCAGAUCAACCACCACCAGACGACAAGAUACCACACCAUGCUGAAGAGCAAACGGACGAGCAAAAUAUCAACAGCAAUACCCCGAGCACAGAGCAACUUGAACAAACAGGCACUGAUUUAAAAGAGGAUGGCACAAGCAACAACGCACCAAAUACACAAGAACAGGUUUCCGAGCAGAAGAAACAACAUGUUCUUCUUCAAGAAGAAACAGGCUCGACAAGCAAUCAGCAAGGCACCUCCAGCACCAUCUCUCUAGAGUUCCUAAAACCCAAAACAAUGGAAAAGCACGACGACGUUGAUGAAUUUAUUUCAAGCCUUAACCCGCUCCAACUAGAGGAAUACAACGAGCAUGUAAAGAUGGGCGUUGGAUUCGAUGUAAUCAAAACAUGGCUGAAUGACCAUGAAAGCUAUGAAUUCAACAAAGAUCCCACGCCGUAUCUAACAAUCUUGCAGCAAGAAUCAGGAGAACAUUCAAUGCCUCAAUCAUCUGAGAACAGCUCAAACAAGAAAAUCUCGGUCAAGAAGAGACCGAUCGUGCUCGGUGUUAUAAUUGGAGGAAAAGGAGGACUAGCAGAAUUCAAUGAGGGCGAAGCAUUGAAACAGUUUGCACCCCUUGUAACAGUGAAGGAACUUUUAAAGAAAAAGCUGAUAUUCAUUCCAAUGGAGAAGCAUGACCGCUAUGUACUAUAUGUGCUGGACAAAUACAAACACAAAGUUCACAUUAUUGAUCCUCAAGAAACGACUCCAGAGGAAUUUGAGAAAGAAAAGAUAGACAUGGAUAAAUUGGAUCUAAUAGAAGCAUCUCGAGUUCUUCAGGAAAAUGAAGAUGCUAAAAAAGAAAGAGAAAGACAGUUUCAGGAAUAUCAUGUUCAUAAGUCGGCAAUCGUACCUAGGUUUAAAGAAGUCUUCAACACCAUACUAGGACAAACAAUGAAUGCCAAGGGUACAAGAUGGCAGAUUCAUACCAUGCAAGAUGUUCCAGUGGUAGAAAAGGGAGAAUCAACAUUUGCUGUUUUAAAGCUUGCAUUCCUCUACAAUGGUGAAAAGUUUGUCGAAGACAUGGAAGAUUUGACAGAUGAUGUCGAAGACUGGAGGGCAGAGGCAAUGUACAUUCUCUUAAGUAGCGAGAUGAAUCAAGUCAAAGCUAGUGAAAUGGGUGACGAGAUUAGCAAGAUCUUGAGCAAAAAUGAAGACUAA